AUGGAAACUAAGGUACUACAACAAGUUAUUGAUAAAAAUAGAGGUAUUUAAAAUGAAAUUAUUAGAGACAGUAAAUUUUUUUAUUGUUGUAAGUCUCUUUAAACAAGAAUUAAAAAGUAUUUUAACUAUUUACUUACUAUUUUUUCUCUUUCAUUAGUCGCCUUGAUAAUAGGAUAUCCAAUUUAUCUCUAUAAUUCUGAUUCUAUAUAUGUAUUAAUUGCUCCUUUUGCUUUUCAAAUUUUACUAUUAGCUAUUUAGAUAUUAAUUUUACUAAUUUCCAUACUAAAUACUAAACCAAAGCUAAUUAAAAUGAAUCUUGUAUUAAGUAUCUUGAAUUUUGCUUAUAGUUUUAUAAUUAUGAUUGUUUCUAAUAUUUUUGAGGUUCAUACAUUUAGUGGAUAUACAGGGUUGCGUUUUGGAAUUUAAAUACCUUGCAGUUUUUUAUUGUUUAUUAGUAUUUCUUUAUCUGGAUUUCUGAUAGCUAGUGUUAGAAGAUUUUUAAUUCUUGUAAAGUAGCUAGACUAGAUUGAGUUUACUAUUAAUAGUUGUAUUUGA